GAGCAACCCAACAGCCAACAAGUGAAUGGGAACAAACUGCAUUUUAGAAGAUUUUAAAGAACAAAACAAACAUAAUGAAGUUACUUCUACUACUCAUCCUCUCACUAAUGACAGGUUGUGAGCUGCUGUCAGAAGAGAAGAUUUGCACAAAAGGAUGGGUUGAAUUCACCUGCAACCAAAACACAAUUAGAAAAUGUCAAAUGACUAAGGCUUUAACAGCUGGGAAAAAAACUCUCAGAGUGCUCAUUAAGCAUCAUCAGACGAAGAAUUCAUCAGCUGAUAGCGAGGAAUUAGAAUUUAAAAUUGCAAAACAAUGCCCAAAAGCAUUUCAUCAAAUUGCAUACAGGACAGCUAAAACCACCAUCAGAUGUGAUUAUCCAGAAGACAAAUACAAGUCGUGGAUCAAGUUUUUCUGCAAAGGGAAAAGUUUCACCUGCGAGGACAAUUUAUCAACAAAAUCUUAUCCAAAGUCAAACAGGACAUUCGCUCUCUCAAACAUCAGCCAUAGCUUCAAUAUGUCCAUCAGUAAUGUGUCCUCUCAGGAUGAUGGUAAUUACUGGUGCGGAGUAAGAUCACCUGUGGGGAUUCAUCGUGCUGCACUCACAAAAAUAAAACUAAGUAUUAAAAAUAUUAAGAGCUUCACAGAAUCACCAGCUGUUGGAGAGAACUUCACAUACUGGUGUAAAUAUAACCAGGCUGUCUCAAAUUGUACAAAAUUUAUCUGUAAGGGAGAAGAUCCAUCUAUAUGUAAACCUUUAGUAAGCACCAGAGAUCCCAAUAAGAACAAGAGGUUUAGGAUGGAUGACAAUAAAGAAAAGAAAAAUAUCUUCAUAACAGUGAGAGAAGUGACAGCGGACGACAGUGGGACAUACUGGUGUGGAGCAGAAAGCACCAGUGAACACCAAAGUAACAGGUUCUUCAACAGAUUGUCCCUGACUGUAGGACCCACUGCAUCUGCUGAGAGUCAUGGCAUUUCGGACAUUGGAAUUGUUGUAAUCAUAAUAACUGGGUUGGUGUUUCUGGUCGUUUUCAUCCUUGUCUACAAACGAAUCUCCUUUUCAAAAAACAGAGGAGCUAAUGCAGCAUUGCAACAUACCAAAGAGUUGAAGGACUGUACGUAUGAGGAGAUACAGGAGCGCCCCCAGCAACCAGACCAGCCAGAAAAUGCACUGACCUCAAUUUAUGUCACUGCUAGCAUUCCCACAGAUGUAGCUGCCUCACCACAUUACAAUAGCAUCAACUUUCAAAGCUGCUCUGACAAAGCUGGUGGUGAGGCAAUGAAACGCAUCUCCUCUGCCUGUGAAUAUUCUACUUUGACAUUAAGCAAAUGUCCAACCAACCCGACAAUCACUAUACCAUCCAGACCAGCAGAGGAGAAUCUCUACUCAGUAAUCAAUGAACCUGAGCCAAAAUGA